UUCAUCGAUUAUAUAUUUCAAUCCAAAGACUUUGAGAUCUCUCUCAUCUUCCAGCUAUAACAAAAGCUUAUCAUGGCAACUAUUAUUGUUCUCUUCGCCUGGAUCAUUGUUGCUCUUCUGGUGCGAACCUUAGUCAAAAUAAUUACAAAUUCUUGCCCCAGGACUCGCCACCCUCCUGGUCCUCCAUCUCUACCCAUCAUAGGCCACCUUCACUUGCUAAGCUCUAAUUUACCAAAAUCUCUUCAAAUCCUAGCUAGUCGCUAUGGCCCAAUCAUGCAGAUCCUAAUGGGAGGAAAGCCUGUUGUUGUAGUAUCAGACGCAAAAACAGCCAAAGAAAUUUUGAAAACCCAUGACGUUGAUUUUGCUUCUAAGUAUGUUCUUGGUUUCGGUCUCUCAAAAUUCAACAUAUAUGAUGGGAAUAGCUUCGUCAACUGCCAAUAUGGAACGUACUGGAGGUUCAUGAAGAAGCUAUGCAGGACACAGCUAUUUGCAGGGCCACAGCUGGACCUGUUUAUCCAUAUUCGAGAGCAAGAAACGCUAAAGCUUUUAAAAUCACUAGUGGAGAGAUCUAGAGAAGGAGAACCCUGUGAUUUAGGUAUGGAAAUAUCAAACUUGUCAAAUAAUAUUAUUUGCAAGAUGACACUGGGCAAAAGAUGUGCAGAGGACCCUAAUUUACCCAUGAAGAUAAGGAAAUCGAUUGGAGCCAUGAUGGAAUAUACAGCAAAGCUAAGCUUCACUCAAGUCUUUGGGCCUUUGAAGAAAUUUGAUCUCUCUGGAAAUGGGAAAAAGCUUAUAUCAGUGACUUGGGAGUUCGACGGGCUAAUGGAGCAGCUCUUCAAGGAGUAUGAAGAUAGCAGAAUUAAUGAUUCAGGACAAGAAGAGAAUGAUUUGAUAAGCAUAUUGUUGGAGACCUACAGAGACACAAGUGCCGAACUGAAAAUAACCAGAAAUCAGAUCAAAACUUUCUUCCUUGAAAUAUUCUUGGCGGGUGUGGAUACUACAGCAGCAACUAUACAAUGGGCCAUUGCAGAGCUAAUCAACAAUCCAAAGAUACUGAAGAAGCUAAGAGAGGAGAUAGACUCAGAGGUGGGAUCAAGCAGGCUAGUUAAAGAAUCAGACAUCCAAAAUCUUCCAUACUUGGAAGCCAUCGUCAAAGAAACACUGAGAAAGCAUCCUCCAGGACCCUUACUCCGUAGAGAAUGUAACACAGACACCAAGAUCAAUAAAUAUGAGAUAGAAACAGGUACUAAGAUCCUCGUCAAUGCCUAUGCCAUCAUGCAGGACCCUAACAUCUACAAUGAACCUGAUAAGUUCAUACCAGAGAGGUUCUUGGUAGAUCAUCAAGAAAUGGACUUUUAUGGUCAGGAUCUUCAUUUCCUUCCAUUUGGUAGCGGAAGGAGAGCUUGCAUUGGAAUAUCACAUGCUUUGAUUGUGACAAAUGUGACGAUUGCAUCUCUCAUACAGUGUUUUGAUUGGAAGUUGAAAGAUGGAGACAAAUAUGAUAUUAAAUUAACCACUGGAUAUUCUGGAGCUAUGGCACUCCCUCUUGUGUGUUAUCCCAUCACACGUUUUGAUCCCUUCAAGGAAUAAUGCCUAGAAGCAAGCAAUUGCCCUCUAUUGUCUUUCCCUUUCCUUACCAAAUAAAAAAG